AUGAACGUCGACCCUCUGACUGGCAAACCGCUCCCUUCGACCGCCAUCCAACGCAUCCUCUACCUCGCGCCCAAAGUCCACAUUUACCAGAUCCCACCUGCGACGUCUACAAAAGGCUACCAGGCCUCGACCUGGACAGCCGACAACAACAAGCUCCAAAUCUUCACGGCUCGACUACGCGUCGUCGAGACGUCAAUACCGUCGAAUGAGGAGCAACAAAGCAACGACGAUGCAGAGGAGAAGGUCACAACAACACUCCUAUUGGAAGACCCAAAAACGGGGGACCUGUUCGCCGCAGCGCCAUACACAAGUGAGAGGACGGUAGAGCAAGCAUUGGACAGUAGCCGCUUCUUCGCCAUCACCGUCGUGGGCGAGGGCAGGAAGGCGAUCCUGGGUAUGGGCUUCGAGGAACGCAGCGAAGCCUUUGAUUUUAGCAUUGCGCUGCAAGACGCCCGUCGCGUACUUGGCUUUGAACAAAACCCCGCUGCGACAUCAUCAUCCCGCUCCUCCAAAUCCGCACAAACGCCCGUCGCCGAAGAACCAAAACGCGAUUUCAGUCUCAAGGCCGGCGAAACGAUAUCGAUAAAUCUGGGAGGCUUGAAGGGACGCAGGUCAAGAUCACAUGAGGGAGGCGAGAAGAGUGAGGAAGGUGAUCGCAAGAGCGAACAAGAUGCGCUGUUCAGUAUAAAGCCGCCACCGGGAAGUGGGGGUGGGGGUCCCGGAUUCCUGCCACCGCCACCAAGUGCGAAGAGUGUCAAGGAGGAAAGGAGGAGAAGUCGGCAGAACUUUGAUGCUGCCAGCUUUCAACCGCCCAAACAGACGGCGGAGGAUUUGGGCUUCGACGAUGGCGAGUUUGGCGAGUUCCAAUGA